AUCCCGACCCGGUUGUUUCGAUCUUUUCACGUUGGCCUUCCCGUAAUGCCUCCAAAGUUAGAUCCCACUGUAGUUUCCGUUGUCUAUCUGAGAGUUACGGGAGGUGAGGUGGGUGCAACAUCAUCCCUCGCCCCAAAGGUUGGUCCACUUGGCCUAUCCCCGAAGAUGGUUGGGGACGACAUUGCCAAAGCAACUUCCGAAUGGAAAGGGCUGCGGAUCACUGUACGCUUAACAAUACAAAACCGCCAGGCCACUGUUAGUGUGGUUCCCUCAGCUGCUUCCCUGCUUAUCAGGUCCCUGAAGGAGCCUAUUCGGGAUAAGAAAAAAGUUAAAAAUAUAAAACAUAAUGGAAAUUUAUCCUUUGAGGAUAUUUUGGACAUAGCACGGAGUAUGCGUCCUAGGAGCAUGGCUAAAGAACUCUCCGGAACAGUAAAAGAAGUCUUAGGUACAGCAAGGUCUAUCGGCUGUACAGUUGACGGCGAGCCACCCCAGAGCAUCAUUGAAAAGAUAAAUUUCAAUGCUAUUACUGUACCAGCUAGUUAG